UUUUAAAAGCAUCUUUCCUCGACACUGAUGGUUACAGGCGCGUGACCGGAAUGCUCGUCCCCGCACAGCUCAGUGUUAUCAGGACAGAGUCCAGAGUCCGCGUGAACGAGCUCCAGACACCGGAAGCUGCUCGGCUCGCGCAGGAGUCAGUCACCGAACAGAGAUCCGGAGAUGAUGCGCUGUCUGCUCUUCUGCUGCUGCUUGUGUUCGCCUCACUUCAGCGCAGCACAGAACGCGUACAGACGCGUCGCGAUCCCAGAGCAGGCUUACUUCGCCGAGCCCUUCGACGCAGGAGCGCUGGACAGAAACUGGGUUGUGUCCAAAGCAGUGAAAGAUGAGCAGCUUCUCAAAUAUGACGGAGAGUGGGCUAUAGAGGAGUCCAGAGAGCGCAGGUUAUUAGGAAACAGAGGUCUGGUGCUCAAGUCUCCCGGUAAACACCACGCCAUCUCUGCGUACCUGAGGAAGACCUUUCACUUCAGCGACAGACCACUGUUCCUACAGUACGAGGUCUUCUUCCCUGAGACGGUCGACUGCGGUGGAGCCUACAUCAAGCUGCUGUCUCACACAGAUGAUCUCCGCUUGAGCGGGUUCAGCGAUGCCACGCCGUACUCCAUCAUGUUCGGCCCCGAUAAGUGCGGCAGCUCACACAAGAUCCACUUCAUCGUUCGUCACCGUGACCCGGUCUCAGGGACGUACCUGGAGAAACACGCUCCACAGCCGGAGCUGGACCUCAGCGAGUACUUCACUGACCAGCGUCCACACCUCUACAGUCUGAACGUGUAUCCUGACCACAGGUUUGAGAUCCUGGUUGACCUCACACUGAUUCACAAGGGCAGUCUUCUGGAGGACAUGCUCUCCUCACGAGCUGAGGAUCAGGAGGACUCAUCGAGCGCUGGGUCCGAGCCGUUCACGCUGAGCUCCGUGUCUGCGCUGGGCUUUGAGCUGUGGUCCCUCACCGCAGACGUGAUGUUCGACAACAUCUUCCUCUCCGACCGUGUGGAAGAAGCCCAGCGCUGGACACAAGACACGUGGGGUCAGAGGAAGAGCCCCGGAGUGAUCGAGAAGCUGCUGAUGGCCACGCUGAAGAGACCCUGGCUCUGGGGGGUGUACGUCGUCACCGUGGGCCUUCCCAUCAUCCUCUUCAUCAGCUUCAUGUGGCCUGACAAGCGGUUCGGUCCUCCAGAUCAGGACUAUUACUAUAAGAAGACGGACGAGCCUCAGAAGGAGCGGCGUCAGGACACUGAGGAGCUGCUCUCUCGUGCUGAAGGUCCAGCAGCAGCAGCGGCGGCCGAGAGCAGAGCGGUCAGGAGAGCGAGGAGCACACACAGCUCAGGUUCAGCACCAUGAAGACGUCAUGAUCUCGUCCACUACAACCUCAACAACAGGAGAUGAAAAUAAUGUCAUAUUAACAAAUCAAUCAAUCAAAUCAGUAUUAGUAAUCAUUAUUAUAAAUGAGUAUGUGAUUAAAUGGAAUGACACAAUGUUUAAAUGAUUAUAAAUUAAUGCAUGGAUGAAGAAUAAAUGAACAUGCAAGAAGAGGUGAAGCUCAGCACUCCUCAGAUGCGGUGUUCUUAUACUGUGGUGGUGUUUGUCUUAAAUGCGUUCAGUUGCAUUAAAAGCCUUGAAGCCCCUUC